AUGUUAAGUGGAAUAAAUCCAUUAUCAGACGAAGUUAAUCGUCAAUCGAGUGCAAUAGCUAAACGUCGUGAACAAUUACGUCGUUGGGAUGAAUCAGAAACAAAUCGAGAAUCAUCAAAUGUUAAAAUAUCUCAACGUGUCAAAUUUCAACAAGCAUAUGUUUUUUUAGCUGCAUGUUCAUCUUCAGAUCGUGAUGAAGUUGAAAGAUUAUUACAACGUGGUGUUGAUAUAAAUACAUCAAAUAUUGAUGGACUUACAGCACUUCAUCAAGCAUGUAUUGACAAUAAUUUGCUCAUGGUAGAAUAUUUGCUCAAUCGUUCUGCCGAUAUUAAUUGUCAAGAUAAUGAAGGAUGGACACCAUUACAUGCUGCUGCAUCCUGUGGAAAUCUUGAUAUUGUCAAAUAUUUAUUAUCUCGUGGUGCUAUUGUCGAUGUUUGUAAUAAUGAAGGUGAAUUACCAAUUGAUAUAGCUGAAGGUGAUGAUAUAAUAGCUUGUUUGGAAGAAGAUAUGAGAAGAAAAGGUAUUGAUGAUGAACAAGCAAGAAAUAUUGAACAUCAAUUAAUGCUUAAACAUGCACAAGAUUGGUUAAAUAAUAAUCAAAAAUCAAAUAAUAAAUCAUUAGCUGAAACAAUUGUACAUGCUCGAACUGGUGCUACUGCUUUACAUGUUGCUUGUGCUAAAGGAUAUAUAGAUGUUAUUGAUAUUUUGAUACGUGCUGGUGCAAAUAUUAAUUCAGUUGAUAAUGAUGGUUGGACACCAUUACAUGCAGCUGCACAUUGGGAUAAACAUGAUGUUAUUAAAUUUCUUCUUGAAAGAAAUGGAGAUUUAGAUGCAAAAAAUUAUGCUGGUCAAACACCACUUGAUGUUUGUGAUGGUGUUACUUAUGAAUUAUUAAAAGAAUUAAAAGAAAAACAAGCUCCUGUAAAAAAACAAGUUAAUGAAACGCCAGAUAAUGUUCAUUUACCAUUUAAGAAAAAGCCUCCACCUUCUCGGUCAACAGAUGAACAAAAAUCAAUACUUAGAUCUGAAUCACAUAAUGAGAAUUUAGAAACAACUAAUAAAUCUCCUCAGCCUUGUUUACCCUCAUCUCCUUUACCAUUAUCAGUAAAUCCUACAUCUGUAGAUGAGAAUUUAUCCAAUUGUUCACCUAGUAUAAAGGAAAAAUUAAGUAAUCUUCAACGAUCAUUACAUGAUUUAAGUAAUCGAUAUUUAAAAACAAAUCAAGAUGAGCAAUCAAAUAUAUCAACAUCAACUAAUUCAACAAAUAAUGAUUUAAAUAAAUCAAAUAUAUCUUCAAAUGAUCAACGAACAAAACAAACUCAUGAUAAAACAGUAUCUAAUUUAUCGACUACAUCAACACGACCAACAUUUUUAUCAGCAAAUAAAUAUUCAUUAACAAAUUCUCAACGAACAUUUACAAAUCCACUUCAAUCAUUAACAACAAAUAAUAAUACUAAUAAUAAUAAUGAUUUAUCCAGUCGUGAGAAUUCAACAACAAAUGUAACUCCAUCUCCUACACAACCAUCAGAUUCUAAAAUAAAUCGAAGAUGGGGUACAACUGAUCGAACAGUAGGUGAUGGUUCAUUAUCAACAACAAAUAAUACAGGUCCAUAUGUUCGUCGUCGAUCAGGUGCUGGUGUUAAUGAACCAACAUCAGUAGCACCAUCAACACUUGUUAGUGUAACAACAUCUAUUCCAUCAGUAACAUCAACACCAACAACAAAUGUAACAGUAACAUCAGCAAAUACACUUGAUGAUUCAACUGGUGGAAAACGACGUUCAAAUGUUCCACCAAGUCGUGAUGAAGAAGCUGAAGCACAACGUAAACAUCGUUCAGCACAAGCACGACGAGAACGACGAUCAACUCAAAGUGUUACUGUUGAAGAUAUUAAAGCAGCUGAACAACAAAUUAAAAAUCAACCAACUAUUAUGUCUGAAACAUCAUCAACAUCAUCAUCAUCAGUAACAAUUCCACAACCAUUAACAAAUACUAUUGAAUCAACAUCAAAUAUACCAUUAUCAAAUAAUAAAAUAGGUGCACCAUCAACACCAUCAUUAAUUGCUGAACAUGAUAUUGAAACUGAACGUUUACAACGAGUUAUUGAAGAGAAAAAAGAAAAAGCAAGAAGAGCAAGUGGAGGAAAUGAGGAUAUCGUUGAGACGACUGUUGACGCAUCUUCUUCAUCUGCUGGAUCACGUCGCGUACGAUCGAGAUUUACAUCUGCUGAUACUGACAAUAUUGUCCCAUCAAUCACAGCUAACGAUUCCUUGAAUCUUGGUGUUAGUACUUCGUUAGAUUCCCAACAACAACAACCACGACGACGAACUAAUCGUGUACAUAAUCAACGGAAAAAUACAGGAAGAAUUAUUUGGAACGACGAAACAAAAGAAGUAGAAAUUCGUGAUGAUACAAAUGAUUUAGUUCCCAAAACAUCAUAUCAACAAACAUCUAUUGAAGAAUCUCAUCGAUCAGACGAUCAAAAACUACAAGAUAACGCUCAACAAUCAACAUCAAAUAGUGUUGCACUUGGUUCACGUGGUCUUAUAUCACGAUUUGAAAAUAUUCCAUCGUCAUCAUCAUCAUCAACAACGAAAGAAUCAUUAACAAAUCUAUCUCCAACAUCUCCAUCAUCACGAACUAAUCGUUCACAAAGUCAAGAUCCAUCAAGAAAAUCUUUAACAGCUGCAACUUCUUUACCGACAACAACAACAACAACAACAACAACACCAACAUCAUCAACAAUAAAUCCAAAUACUGUUAUGAAUGGUAUGGCGUCGUCAACACCAUUUGCAUUAAAAAAAGAUUCAAAAGAAAAUACUGCUUUAUCAACUGGAAUGUCAACACCAAAUAGCGAUACAGUAGCCAUCAAACGAUUAUAUGAAGAUGCUAAACGUAAAGCUGAUGAAUUAGCACAAAAAGUUGAUCGAUUAGAACGAGAUAUUGCGGAACGAGAUCAAAUGAUCGAAAAGCUCAAAACGUCACAAUAUAUUGAAUCAUCACUUGAUAAACGAGAAAAACGAGCAUAUGAACGAAAGAUAUCGGAAUUAGAAGAAGAAUUAAAAAAAAUGGACUCAAUCAAAGCAGACAAUACACGUUUGAAAGAAGAAAAUGCUGCAUUGAUUCGUGUCAUCAGUAAACUUUCGAAAUGA